AUGUUCAAACUCCUGCCUACGGAGCUUCUGCUCCACAUAUUUCGCUCGUGCGACUCGAUAACCGACAUCAUAAGCUUGACCUCCACCUGUCGCCGACUCCGCCAUGUCUUCAAUCAGUCGAACAAACUGCAAAUUCUGCUGGACAUCGCCGAACACGAGUUCGGACCUCUGGACGACAUCAUCCAGAUCGUGACGCAGAACUCAAGUCAACCGGCCCAUCAGAUCCGCACAGCCCCCAUAACCGUCGCAUUGUUCAAACAACUCGCGCAGAUCGGCCGCGUGGCCCACAAGUGGGAGGCGAUCUACCCGGUCAAGAAAUGGAAGAUGGACUACGAAAACCGGCGGUCAUUGACGUCCGACGAGAGGUAUCGUCUCCGACGCGCGCUGUACCGCUUGUGGCUGUAUCACCGCGCGUUCCACGUGCGUCUCUACGAUCGCUUCUCCCGCAACCUCCUCCAUGUCAUCACGGAGCGUGCGCGCCUCCUUCACAACUGGUCGACCGCGGAGCUGGCUGAGAUCGAGGACCUGCGUCUGGUGAUCUGCGACGUGGUGCAGAACCACAUCUGUCCCAGCAAUGGCACCAUCCAGCGCAAGUUCCGUAAACGUUAUCCGGAGAGUAACCACCAGCUGACGUUCAACAUCCACCUCAACUACCCGGUCGAUAGUGCUCCUACGAGUGCCUACGGGUUCCUGGGAAACACCACCACACCCUCAGUCGACCAGUAUUUCCACACGGCACACCCGACCGGUUCUGUAGAGUCGCAGGCGAAAUACAGAUCCCGGUUCCGGAACGACUUCUUCCAUGACCCCGGCUUUGAGGGCUGGGGCGACGAGAUCCCGCAUUAUUACGUCGUGCAAGAUAUGAUGAAGCUCGACCCGGGCCAGAUCCUGUGGCUGCGUGAACAUGCGCCCCUGAAGGAGCAGGUCGAGGCUUUUGUGCGUUCGCUGGGAGACUGGUUCCGGGACAAUGGCGAGACGUUUGGGGAGACGUUUGAAUGGGUGAUGAAGGAGAGGGGGGACGAUGUUGCUGAGGUGAGAAUGGCCAUUGCGGACCGCGAAUUAGGGAUCGUGUGCGAGGAGUAG